AUGAGCAAACGAUCGGAUAAGCAAUCUAAAACACCAACCGUAGCACAAAGUGCUGCACAACCAGCAAAUGAUAUCAUCCACGGCAGAUUUACUGAAGUCGAUUGGAAUAAUCUCAUAGAACUAGAGUCAGGCACAGAAUUCGCCUUAGAUAUUGUAGAUGAAAUAAUUGAUGGCGCUUUAAGUAUAAUUUAUGAAAAUUACUUACAAAAACAAGUAGUACCUUACGUUAUGGACAAUGUUAAAGCCGAAAUUAUGGAUGUAGUCCAGUGUCAGUUUUUAGCGCGAGAUGAUGGAGAAGACAGGCCUGAAUUUGAUCGGAGUUGGUUGGAAGAUGAAGAACCUCUUGCUAGUACCGUAGAUUCGUGGGCUCAGGGCUCAGUACCUUCGAAACAACCAAUUAUCGAAAGUCCUAUACCAACGGAAGUUGGAACAAGUGCAACUGAAGUUACGGAUACUGAGAGUAUCGAAGUGUUGUCUACGGUUACACCACAUGAAGAAGUGGAAAGUGUAGUUGUUAAGGAAGAUAUUGAAGUAAAAAAGAUUAAAGUAAAACCUGAAAAACCAAAAGAGAAAAAAAAGUUAAAAGUUAGACGAUAUCGUGGCAAAGUGCCUACUUGGAAGACUAUAGAACCAAAACCUGGCGUCGAUCUUCUAGAAGGCGACGACGAUAGUGACAUUAACACUAAACGAAGCGGCACAUUUGAGCCAAGACCAGCAAUUUUAAAGGUACAACAAGGCCGGCCGCCUGGUAUGAAGGACGUGACUUACGAUGAAAAAGGGAAUGUAAUCCAUGUUGUUAAAUUAACUGUUGAUACUUUGCCUACUCAUAGAAUUGGACCAAAAUAUAAGAUUAUCGAUCCAAGCCAUGAAAUUGAAGCAGCGGCUCGUAUGAAAGCAUUAAGAAUGGGAAAAGUUGGUAAUGUAAGAAAAGAGGCUCAUCAAAUCAAGCAGUUAGCACGCACUGGAGCUGUCACUUCUAAAUUAGCUGUCGAUAGCAUCGUUCAUGCGAGAGUCGCUAAAGAAAAAGCACUAGAACUUGAAAAAGACAGGGAACGUACUUCUUCACCGAUAGAUCCGGAUAAAUUAGCCUUACAGUCUUCGGAAAAAAUGCAAAAUAUAACAGCUCUGCCAUUAUCACUGGUCGAUACUAUGGAACUAUCACCAGGAGUAGUAAUAAAAGAUGGAGAUCGUAUUAAAAGAGGACUUCGGCAGACUCAUCGUAAAACAAAUAUGUCAGCUACCUCGCAGCAUUCUAUCAAGAACAAGGUGGAUUUUAAGAAUGAUUAUAUUAUCAGAACAACACCAGUGAUUAAGCCGUUAAGCUCAACGCCACCGUUAACCCCGAUUAAUGCUACAUCAACUUAUCAAGAUAACUGA